CCACAACUCAGCCUCCACUCUUCAGCAGACAACGCGCUCCCGGGGAGCACAUGAGCACCCGGCGCUGAUGCCUAUCUCCCUCAGCCACUCGUCAUCGUCAUCAUCGUCACCACCACCACCACCACCACAGUCCUCCUCCUCCUACUCCUCUUCAUAGAAGCCGGCGCGGCUCCAAGCAGAGGAAGGCUUAAUCUGCUGUCACGGGAUUUUACUGAAAGGACACUAUUUCUAUUUCUUCAACCCCCCUUGCUUCUGGAUCCAUCGUUUUUCCUGGUGUGAGGAUUAUGUUUGCCUUUUAAAAACCUGGGCUGUCUGUGCGUGCGCGUGUGCCGUGCGUGUGCGUGUGUGUGCGCGUGUGACGCAGACGCCUUGUUUACCCGGAGAAGAUGUGAAGAGAGUGCCGCUCGGCGCCCACCCGCUCUAAGAGACCCUCUCAGAGACCCGCUCCGAGGCCCGCUCAGUACCCGCCUGCGGACGCCUCUCUCCCGUCCCCGUCCCUCCGGUGUCCGACUCCGCCACGGCGCGGGGCAUGCCGUCUAGGGAGGCCUACGAGGGCCAAAAGGGGGACAAGUCCCUGGUGCAGAAGGGCAAGCGAGAGGCCAACCAGGACGAGAUCUUGGCAGCGGCGCUGGGAAUGAGGAUGGGGCCACAGAAGCCGCCGGCCACCCUCUGGCAGCCGCUCAAGCUGUUCGCCUACUCCCAGCUCACCUCUCUGGUCCGCAGGGCCACGCUGAAGGAGAACGCCGCCGGACCCAAGUACGACAAGGUGCACAACUUCAAGGUCCAUACGUUUCGGGGGCCACACUGGUGUGAACACUGUGCCAACUUCAUGUGGGGACUCGUGGCCCAGGGAGUCAAAUGUGCAGACUGCGGGAUAAACGUGCACAAACAGUGCUCCGCCGCGGUGCCAAACGACUGCAAGCCAAACCUGAAGCACGUGCGCAAGGUGUACAGCUGCGACCUCACCACCCUGGUGAAGGCCCACAACACCACGCGUCCCAUGGUGGUGGACAUGUGCAUACGGGAGAUCGAGUCCCGAGGUCUGAAGUCCGAGGGCUUGUACAGAAUAUCAGGCUUCAGCGACUCCGUGGAGGAGGUCAAGAUGGCGUUUGACAAAGACGGGGAGAAGACGGACAUCUCGGUGGACGCCUACGAAGACAUCAACAUCAUCACGGGCGCCCUGAAGCUGUACCUCCGGGACCUGCCCGUCCCCAUCAUCUCCUACGACGCUUACCCCCGCUUCAUCGAGGCUGCCAAGAUCGAUGAACCAGAGAAGAGGCUGGAGGCGCUACGAGAGGCCAUCGCGCUGCUGGCCCCGUCACACAGCGAGACGCUGCAGUACCUCAUGGUCCACUUAAAACGGGUAGCGCUCCACGAAGAGCACAACCUGAUGAACGUCGAGAACCUGGCCAUCAUCUUCGGGCCCACCCUGAUGCAGGCGCCAGACAUGGACGCCAUGAAGGCCCUGAACGACAUCCGCUACCAGCGGCAGGUGGUAGAGCUGCUCAUCAAGAAGGAGGACGUGCUCUUCUGAGCGGAGCGAGCAUCAGCAAGACCCACGCUCGGUUUUUUGGGUCGGCACGGUGAUCCUCAUCGUCUUCGCUCUUCUUCUGUAAAGACUUGAAUGAAUCGCGGUACGGUUAUUUAAUACGGUUUUGUUUUUCUCGAUGGCUGAGUGCUGAUCCUAACACUUUGGUUAUGUUUUCUCCGGUGUUUUGGGGUGCAAGUGGGGCACCCCAGCUUGUUUGUAUCUACGUGUGUCUCCCCAUUUUUGUCGGGGGAUUUUUAGCUGGCGGAUGGGCCAGCAUGCAUGGUGCGCGGUCCUUUUUCUAUUUUUAACAGUUUGUAGUCGGUGCCCAGCAUGUGUUUCUAUUGUUAGAUAUCGUCUGUUUGAUUUGGGUUAUUUUUGGUGUCGUCGUAGUUACAGUCCAUAAUCCUAGUUCCUUAUUAUGCAGUUAUUUCUGCGAAACAUUAAUUAGCUCGAUAUGAAAUGCUGCUUUAUUUUUUGGGCAAGAGGGGGACUUUUUAAUUGUGCUUUUUUUACUCUUAAAAAAAUCUGUUUGUUUACAGCGCGGUUUGUACUUAAAUAACCUUUUCAAGCCUUUCCCUUCAAUCCUGGAAAAAAAGAUCAAUGUGUGCUUUGUUACAUUUGCCUGACUAUUUCUUGUGUUAAAACAGCGUUUUUCUGUGAUUAAUGUUUUCUACUGUGAUGAUUUUGUACAUAACAUGUGCAUGACGGAUUUAAUUUAUUAAACCUGCCUCUGAUACA